GGCAUUGCAGUUUUAGUGUAUUUUGGUCGACAAUGGCAUCCCCAGCUGCUUCUCGGGUUGCCAUUUUCAUAUUGAGAGUCCUUACUUUUAUUCUCCUAUUGAUAUCUCUCAUUGUCCUCACCACCAGUGCAACAACAGGAGAAGUUGGCAUUGAUCAAACGAUCAGAAUACACUUCAACGAUAUCAAUGCCUACAGGUAUAUGCUUGCUGCGAUUGUCAUCGGAUUCGCAUACAGCCUCUUGCAACUUGCAUUCUCAACUUGUCAUCUUAUUUCGGGAAAUCGCUUAAUAAGUGGGGAUGGAGGCAUUCUGGUUGACUUCUACUCUGAAAAGGUUAUAUCGUACCUAUUAGCCACAGGUGCUGCUGCAGGAUUUGGAGUUACAAAAGAUAUGAAGGAUUACUUUGAAGCAAAUAACUGGUUUUUUGGGACGUUUUACGAAAAGGUGUAUGCAUCAGCUAGCAUGCUUUUCCUCGCCUUCGUGUGCUCAGCUGUCUUAUCAGUUCUCUAUUCCUAUCAACUUCCAAAGAAAGUUUGAUUGUUGAGGCAAGGAAAAUCUACCCCUGCGCCUCGUUGUUUGAUUAUUUUCUCUCUCUCUCUCUCUCUCUCUCUCUCAAUAGUUUUAAAGUAUGCAUAUUUAUAUUCUCCUUCAGUGGGCAUCGAUGUAGCUCUACUAGAGCAAACUCCCACUGAUCACAAAUAAUAAAUUACUAAUUGAAAUGUGUA